AUGUAUCACUUCCCACGUUUCUAUUCAUCAUUAGCUACUACAAGUGAACGCUGUAUACAUUCACGUACGUGGGAGAUAUUUGCGUCAGUAGCUCUCUUUAGACCACCCAUUAUUGCUCCACGGAUGAAUGAAAUCGAACAGCGUUAUCAUUCUUUAAUGCUACAAAAGGAAUUAGAGGAUUCACUUAGAUGUGAUUUCGAAUUGCGACAACUUAGAGAUGAACGCUUACUGAAAGAGAAAGAAAAGUUGAAGAUGUCCGGUGAAGGAGGGAUUAUAAAGGAAGAAAUAGGUAUUUUAGCUUCUGUAGAUGAAGAAAACUGGCAAAAGGAAGCUAGUCGAAUUCGUGAUGAACUUUCGAUUGGAAACAUUUCUAUGUUUGAAAACGAUGAUGACAAAAGUUUGAUGAGAAAAAUUGAUGAAUCUCUAGUAUUUAUUACGUGUCAGAAAUUUGGUCGCGAAGAUGGUUAUCGUUCGCAAUGGAUGCUACCUCAGUUGCGUAAUAUUCCUGGUGAAUCAUUGAAACAAGCAAAAAGGUGUUUGAAGGAUUUUUUUUUGGAUCGAAUACAUGUGGAAGGACUAAGUAAUGCACCGUUUUCUGUAUUUUCAUACCUCUAUCCUGCAAAACUGCGACAGCGAUUAAGGACUCGAUCAAAGGGUGCUGUGAUUUUUUUCUUCAAAGCGUUUUGUACUACAUGCGUUCCGCUGAGGAUAAAUAAAGAAGAAAUUGCUGAUUACAAAUGGGUAACUGCAGAAGAAUUCGUUGCAAAUAUGAAACAUACGAAAUCUUACAUUACAGCUUUGUCAACUCUUUUUCCUCCCUACAUUAUGACAAAAGAUGGAUUUCAGAGCGAAGAAACUGUACUCCCCCAAAAAAGAAAGAUGUCACUCUCUAAAGUAAAUCAUAAAUCACUCAGAACUUAUAAGGUUUAG